AUGCUGAACAGAAUAACAUCUUUGUUAGCGAGUGUGUUUAUAAAGGUGGGGUUGUUGUCGACGGAGGAGCUGCAGCAGCAGUCUCUGCUGGGGCCCCAGGGAGAGAUAGAACCCAUAUACCAUAUGACUCUAUUGAAAGAGGUAAACAGAACACGCCAGCAGCAGCAGCAGCAGCAGCAGCAGCAGCAGCAGCAGCAGCAGUUGCAGCAGCAGCAGCACGCGUCAGAUGCAGGAGAACAACCGGACUACGACCAACUGCAGCAACGCCAGCAGCAGCAGCAGCUGCUGCAGCACUACCACCAGCAGCAGCAGCAGCAGCAGCAGCAGCAGCAGCAGCAGCAGCAGCAGAAAAAAAGAAAAGGUUUCAAUGCAGCACAGCUUAUACAAGAUAUGCGCGGCUUCGACUUCGGCGUCGUUCGUGUCCCCUCCGUGCAGCUCAAUUCUGUCUCCACUGCUGUUGAGGGUUCUUACCUCUGUCUAGCACAUGUAGACUUACCCUAG